AUGACCAAAGUGUUGACCAAGGUGCUGACCAAGGUGCUGACCAACGUGCUGACCAAGGUGCUGACCAACGUGUUGACCAAGGUGUUGACCAAUGUGUUGACCAAAGAGGUGACCUAUGUGCUGACCAAAGUGGUGACCAAAGAGGUGACCUAUGUGCUGACCAAAGUGGUGACCAAUGUGCUGACCAAAGUGGUGACCAAUGCCGUGACCAAUGUGUUGACCAAUGUGCUGACCAAUGCCAUGACCAAUGUGCUGACCAAUGCCAUGACCAGAUUGCUGACCAAGUUAAGGUUACGGCAGCGAUGA